CAGCCUCGUAAACAGGAAAGUCCUCCAAGCUAUCAAUCCACCACACGCCAUCCACCAUCGCGAACCACCACCUCACCUGCGCAACCACCACAUCACCACCACUCCGCGACGACAAACACUACGCUUUAAUCGAUCGCCCCUCACACACAGCCAAAAUGGAGGACGACAGCAGCCCCACCAGUGCCUCCAAGGAAGUCUCCCGUCUGUGGAGAGCCUGGAGGACUGUUCACGAGAUGGUUCAGGACAGGGGCUACGAGUUGUCGGAAGAUGAAGUCAAGAUCUCGCUCGAGCGGUUCAAGGCUGAAUACACGAACGAGGAUGGAACACCAAACCGCGCCAAGCUCCAAUUCUCCGCCCGCCCCUCGGAAGCCAUGAUCAAAAAGUUCACCGCCCCUCCCACGCCCUCCAACCCCAACCCCGUUCCCGAAUGCGGCACCAUCUGGGUCGAGUUCUGCACCGAAAAGGGUUCCAUCGGCGUGUCCGUCAUGAAGAAAUUCGUCACCCACUGCUCCGACAACAAGUUCAAAGCCGGCAUCUUCAUCACCGCCGUCCCCCUGUCCGCCCAGGCCCGCAAGGUCAUGUCCGUCACCUCGCAGUACACCCAGGUCGAGUGCUUCCUGGAGGAGGACCUGCUGGUCAACAUCACGCACCACGAGCUCGUGCCCAAGCACGUGUUGCUGUCCAAGGAGGAGAAGGCCGCCCUCCUCAAGCGGUACCGACUCAAGGAGACGCAGCUGCCGAGAAUUCUGAGCAAGGAUCCGAUUGCGCGGUAUUUGGGACUCAAGAGGGGCCAGGUCGUCAAGAUCAUUCGUGUGUCGGAGACGGCGGGUCGCUAUGCUUCUUACAGGCUUUGCGUAUAAGGGGGGCAAGCGUGUGUGCGUGAGAGAAGGAGGUGGUUGCGUGCGGUUGGCAAAGCUGGGCUGGCUGGCUGGCUGGUGGGCACUACACCAAUCCAUCCAAUCUCUUCCCGGGCUUGGUUUGUUCUCUGGACGGUCUUCGACGGGCCAACGCGGGUCUGGCUGAUGGGAAUCAGAUGAUGACUAUAUGGACGAGGACUGGAUAAGAAGCCCUGAAGGGGAUGACGGCCAGCAGCAAAGCAAGAAAGGACGGAAAGCACGGCAGCCACCAGCGGGAUAGGGAUGAAGGGGUUAGGGGUUCGGUUGUGUAAUACAAAACACUUGGGCGUUUUUUUUCUUAACCAUUCUAGCAUUAUGGGGAUACAGGGAAAUCAGUUUCUGUUCUUUUUUCCAAAAGAGGAUAAAGAAAGAAAGGCGUUACGGAGUGGCUUUUGUUAAGUAGCUUGAGAUAUAUACCGACAAGAGAAUAUCCGAGCUAUCAUUAUG